AUGGCAUUGGAAGAGUUGAAUGACGAGAUCUGUGCAAUUAAGGCCAUAUAUCCUGAAUGCAUAGAGGAAGAGUCACCAUUACGAUACAAGCUUAAAGUUCCGCAAUAUGAACAUAUAGCGUUUGAAAUGUCAUUUCCCAGCGAUUACCCAAACGGGAAGCCAGAAAUUAUAAGUGUCAAAUGCGAACAGAGGAAACAAGGAUACGAUGAAAGUUAUCUUAUGAAACUUUUCCAAGAGGUGCUGGAUUCUGUAUUUCAAAAGAACUGUGUGGUAGUAUUUGACUUUUUUACCGAGUUGGAAGGCAUAUUAUAUGAUGAAGGUGGUGAGGAGGAAAAGGAUGACAAAGAUCAUUGGAAUACGACAGAUACAGAAGAGCAUUAUACGGUGGAUGAUGAUUUAACAGCCGACAUUAACAAGUUAAAGAUAGAAACUGCACCUUCUAAGGCAGCAGAAUAUACUGAUUAUAAAUAUAACGAGAAUGCAGAAAAGGCACACGCACAGACUACAAAGAAAAGCGAUACAAGCAGUAAUAAAAAACCAGGAAAAGAACAGGAAGAGGAUUAUCUUGCAGACUGGUCCAUAUCCGAGGUUAUCAAGGACAGAAAAUCGACAUUUGUGGGCUUUGCCACCAGAGUUCACUCAGUUGAUGACGUCAACCGAAAGUUCAACAAGCUUUUGGGUGAUAGAAAGAUCCAGAAGGCCAAUCACUUGAUGCGGGCAUACCGUAUAAAAAAAGAGAACUCGGAUGUCAUCUUUGAAGAUUAUGAAGAUGAUGGGGAGGCAGCAUCAGGAAGUAGACUGCUUCAUUUACUAAACCUAAUGGAUGCAUGGGAUGUUUAUGUAGUUGUGGCAAGAUGGUUUGGAGGUGUUCACAUAGGCCCAGUUAGGUUUAGGCAUAUAAACGAAUGUGCAAGAGACGCAUUAGUGAGUGGCAACUUGGUGCAAAGAGAAACUAAGGAUGAAAAGGGAAAGAAAAAAAAGGGUAAGAAGAAGUGA